AUGGGGAGGAAGAAGGGCGUUGCCGAGUUCGAGGAAUCGCCGCCGGAUGACUUCGAUCCGUCCAAUCCGUACAAGGACCCGGUGGCGAUGCUGGAGAUGAGGGAGCACAUCGUGAGGGAGAAGUGGAUCGCCAUUGAGAAGGCCAAGAUUCUGAGGGAGAGGCUCCGCUGGUGCUAUCGCGUCGAAGGUGUCAACCACCACCAGAAAUGCCGCCACCUCGUCGAGCAGUACCUCGAGUCUACUCGUGGUAUCGGCUGGGGAAAGGACCAUCGCCCUCAUUCUUUUCACGGUCCCAAGGUGGAAGCCGUGGAGUCAGAGGAGUAAAAGGGUUGCUUGGUCUCAAGGUAAUCUUUUGGCCUUUGUAUUCUGAAUUUCUCUUUUUCAAUUCGACUAUUUCCCCUGUUGAGUUCUGAUGAUAUGGGUAACUGUGCUUUGGGGAAAUGUUGUUUCUUUAGUGGUAGAACAAUUUCUGAAUUUGAGUUGUGUGAGAAAAGUGAGCUCAUUUUGAUAGUUUGGUUGGGUGAUUCUGGUUUGUAGUUUGAAAUGUUGUUUCAGCAGUGGAGUCGCUUGAAGUGUUUGUUCGGUGGAAGUGCGGAAUGGGUUAAUGUGGUAGUGUAACCUUAUGUGAAAAGAAAGGAAAUUCAUCUUUAGCCAAUUUGAAUUACUCCUAGGUUCUCUUCUAAAAUUCGACUGUCCAAUUUGAAUGAGCUCAAUGAACAUGCUCUGAAGAAUUUGUUGACAACACU